GCCCUUUGAUGAUGCAACUUAGAGCAAACAAGCGAAAGUGGGCUUUGUUUUUUGACCAGAAAACCAGCCGCUCCGACUGGGCUUCAAUGGUGGUUUAACGUUAGGCGUGCGAUCCCCUAAACGAAGCUGCAGGCAUUCCCGGCGCUUGGUAUUGACGUCACGGCAGACACAAACCCUUAUGAAGCACACGGCUGGUUCCAGGUCUUUCAGCCAAGGGGAUCACGAGGAUGAAUCCAAAGUCAAGCAUCCAAGGAGCGAUACCAAGGCGCCCCUUACUUUGCCGGUUACUCCCCCUCUGUACGAUGCUCCUUUCCCCUUUUACCGGCGGCCAGCUGAAAUGGGAUGCUUUUCCCUAGAUGCCAAGCGGUGCUUCCAUGGAGAUUCUCGUCAGCUGCGCUACUAUGCUCCGCCCCCUUGCGAAGGCCCCUCCCCUGGAUUUGACUUGCGCGAUGGCUACCGCAACCGCUACGUGCAGCGGGAUGACAGCGUUCGUGAAGGCCUGGAGCAUCUGCUGCAAUGGAUUGUGCAGAACCGGAAGCAGUUACAGACUGAGGACAAAGGAAAGCUCCUGAAUGCUGACUUUGUGACUUGGCGGGGGCAUCUCACCAAAGUGCUGACCACCCCAUACGAGAGUCGGGAGGGAUGGUUGCUGGCUGUCACUCUCUUCCGGGGGACCUUGUACAUUAGCGAGUUUGAAACUGAGGCCGCCCGCCGAGAACGGGAGCAGCGCUCAGAAAUGCUGAAGGAGCUCAUGUAUAUGGGAUAUAAAUUUGAGCAAUAUAUGUGUGCCGAUACUCCCGAUGGGAUUCCUGAUCCAACUGGAGUAGUGAACACAAAUGAAGCUUUCUGCACAGUGAUUCGGUCCCGCCUGGGAAAUCACUCUCUUCUCUUCUCUGGGGAGGUAGAUUGCACCGAUCCCCGGAGCCCUUCGCCACAGCCACCUAGUUGCUACGUGGAGCUGAAGACUAGCAAAGUCAUGCACAGCCCUGCUCAGCGGAGAAGUUUCUACAGGCACAAGAUUAUCAAGUGGUGGGCCCAGUCUUUUCUUCCUGGGGUGUCCCGGAUUGUGGCAGGAUAUCGAGGGCCCGAUGGCUCAGUUGUGGGUCUGGAAACUUUUGAGACUAUGAAAAUAUUCAGACUCAUUCGGGACGAUCCAGGCUGUUGGAAGCCAGCUGUGUGUAUGAAUUUCUGUGCUGCUUUUCUAGCCUUUUUGAAGACAGUGGUGACGGAAGACAACCCAAAGUUGGUUCAUCUCUUUGCUUGGAACCCAGGGCAACCCGUUUCCUUCACAGUGCAUCAGGAUUCUCACUACUGUUUCCUGCCUGACUGGUACGUGGAGGCUCUGAGUGCAGGAAGCCCCCCCACGUCCCGACUUCCAGACAGAUGCACUGGAAGCCUAGCUGGUUUUGGAGUCUAGAAGCUGCUGCAUCUUGCGGGCCAAGGUGGGUGAUGGACAGAAAACAGGCACCUAAGAAGCCCGUUAGCUGCCACUUGGAGAACGAGAAAGCGGAACGAUGGCACUGCUGCGACAACAAAUGAAGGACAACAAGACAUCCUCUCGUGCAUAGUUUCCUAUAGGUGCUUCUGCUGCAUGUUCUUUCUCAUGUCGCCUGUGGUUUACAAACAAUAAAAGAGGGAGCAAGGGUGUCAUGAAUUAACUUUUGUUGAUUGAAGCCUACUUGAAAUCAAGAUGGUUUGAGAAUGGAGGAGCUUUGGAUGUGUCUCAGCCAGUUGUGGGUAAAUUUGGGACGCACAUUA